AUGGCGGACGACAAGGAAGAUGUGCAGCUCUUCGGACAAUGCAAGGCGUGUAUCAUUUGCUCUAAGGAUCUGGAUCAAGACACAGCGCAGCAGCAUGCGUCGUUGAUUGAGGAGAACGGCGGAGAUGUCGUGAUUUAUGAGCCGCCCUCUACGUUCCCCCCAAUCAAUGAGUUUACACAUAUUAUCUCAUACACAAUUGAUUUUGCCGAGUACGAGACUGCUUGCGAUGCGCUUAUCCCCGUGGUGAAACCGGAGUGGCUGCACAUGUCCUUGGCUAAGAAGAAGCUUGCAAACCCGCGCCAACACAGUCCGGACCCGAGACUAUUUUUGAAUGAUGUCGUCGUCACCUGUGGCGAUAUACCUGAGGGCGAUAAGGACGCCAUCAUUGGAGGAGUGCUCGCCAAAGGCGGAGUUUACAAUGCAAGGAUAAGCGGCUUGGUCACGCAUCUGGUUGACCUGACUGUGGACUCGGAUAAAGCCCGACUCAUCCUGACCAAAAAGCUGAACGUGAAGAUUGUCCUGCCGCAUUGGUUUGAUGAUUGCCUCAAACUCGGGCGUCGGAUUGACGAACGCCCCUAUACGCUCCCGGACCCAGAGAUUCUUCGCUCACCACCGGGGGCCCCCAUUCGGUCUUCCGAGAACAAGGACAUUGUGGGUGCAUCUACGCCGGAGCCAUCUGUUCUACCAAACACGGCCAAGAAUCAGCAUAAAUUGGAUGUCUUCGAAGGGAAACAGAUUAUGCUCUCGCCUGACCUCGGCAUCGGCCCACAUCUGAAGAGUUCUAUUGAAGAAUUGAUCGAACAGGCGAAAGGAACCCUUACAUCAGAUGUCACCAAGGCUGAUAUGUUAAUAUGUCGCUAUCGAGAGGGCGUCGCCUACCGUGUCGCUUCGAGAUUGAACAAGGACGUGGGCAAUCUGUCUUGGCUGUAUCAUAUGCUGACGUUCAACACCUGGACAUCACCAUUACGCAGACUGUUACACUACCCAGUUUCUCGCACAAAGAUUCCAGGCUUUGAAGGGCUCAGGAUCAGUCUCUCGAAUUAUGUAGGUGAAGCAAGAGCCUAUCUGGAGAAUCUUAUCGCCGCCACUGGUGCCGAGUGUACCAAAACAUUAAAGCAGGACAACACCCAUCUGAUUACCGCUCACGGGAAUAGCGAGAAAUGUACAGCAGCACGGGAAUGGGGCAUGGAUGUUGUCAACCAUCUCUGGCUGGAGGAAAGUUAUUCAAAGUGGAAAAAACAAUCUGUCACCGAUCCUCGCUAUACGCAUUUCCCCAAACGGACGAACCUCGGAGAGAUCGUUGGUCAGACUAGACUAGACAAAACCGUCCUCGAGAGUCUUUUUUUCCCUUCAAAUGAUCCCCAGAGCCCUCGCAAUGCCAUACAGAACAAGGGCCAGAAUUCCACAACCGAUGCCAAACCUAGUGUUAUGCUGCCGCGGACUGAAAAGACGACAAAAUCGGAAGGAAGCUCCCGGGACACAGACAAUGCCACCCCCCGAACCACCGAGAAGACACGAAGGAUCGGCGUGAUGGACAAUGUACAAUUACUCACAACACCAGCACGGUCUCGGAUCGUCGCUGGCGGUAAGGAAAACGACACCCCAUCGUCUACCAGCAGCCGCAAGUCCAAAGAGACCGCCGCUGCGCGGCUGCAGGAGAUCGCGCCUGAUAUCGCUCUGUACGAAAAGGAGAUGAAGCGUGUCGGAGGCGUUAUCUAUGGCGGUCGGCGGAAGACGGACGAGGACCGGAUAUCGAUCGGUACGAAGAAGCGCCGGUCUGUCGAACCGCUCGACGAGAACCGCGAUGAGGAGAAUGCCACAGAUUCUAAGAGGCAGAAGAAAUCGCGGUGUCCGGUCUCCAUAUGUCUGUUGAUUACCGGAUACCAGAAAUGGGUGCAGAACCCAAAGAAGGAGGAUGCAGAUAAGCGACAACUGCGAGAACUGGGUAUCAUGGUUGUGCAGGAUGCGCGCAAGUGUACUCAUCUAGCUGCUCCGUCCAUCUUGCGAACCCCGAAAUUUGUCAGCGCGCUUGCGUAUGGUCCAGCUAUUGUCAGCACUGAUUUUAUUACCCAGUGCCUCAAGAAAGACGAACUACUCGACCCUUCGGCCUUCCCGCUGCAGGACAAAGCGUCGGAGGAAAAAUUCGGAUUCUCCCUUGCAGAGGCGACUAUCAAAGCGAAGAGAAACAAGAAUAAACUUCUGGAUGGCUACCGAAUAUACUGUGUUGAAUCCAUACGUGGAGGAUUUGACACCUUCAAGUCCAUCGUGGAGGCGAACGGCGGAAAAUGUGCCAUCUUCCGAGGGCGUAUUACCCUCGCAAGUCCAGCGGAGGACAGUGAGGACGACGACGAUAUGAAUGCCAGCAACAAAGGGCGCAGUGAGAUUUGCCUCCUCAGCAGCCAAACCCCAGACCACUCGAAACUAUGGCCGCGAUUUCGUCAGAUGGUGUAUGAUAUCGGCAGAACACCUCGUAUUGUUCACGUGGAUUGGCUUCUCGACAUCGCUAUGUCCCAGGAGCUGCACCGAGCCGAGGAAUAUGAGUUGAGCGAGGAUUCAAAUCCGCAGGCCGACCAUUGA